AUGCACCUCUCAUCCAUCCUCCUCACCUCCCUCACCCUGACCCUCACCCAAGCCAGCAUCUGGCCCGCCCCCAAGAAGCUCACGACGGGCAACACAACCCUCUUCAUAGACGAGUCCUUGAAGAUAACCUACAAUGGUGACCCUGUACGCUGGAACUCCCCCUCCCUCCAUGAUACCGGCGGCGUCUUUGCGCAGCAUGCUGAGACCCCUUUGAACCUGCAGCUCCCCUACACAGACAGCUACAAGCCGGACACCAGCUGCGUCUGGAGCAGCAAGGCUGUCGUCCAGGGCGCCGUGUCGCGCUCCCUGAACUCCAUCUUCCACCAAAACUUUGUGCCCUGGAUGCUCCACGAGAGGAACAGCCAGUUCGAGCCUGAUGUCCACGGCAGUGGUCAGGGCCGCGUCAAGUCGUUGAGCAUCACACAGAACAGCAAGGACGACAGCGAGAGCCCCUACACGUCCUUGACCGAGGAUGUUGAUGAGUCGUACACCCUGAGUCUCUCCGAGGAUGGCGUCGCCGAGAUCAAGGCACCAACCGCUAUUGGCGUCCUGCGCGCGCUCGAGUCCUUCUCCCAGCUCUUCUACUCGCACACAACCGGCAAAGAUUGGUACACCACACAUGCACCCGUGUCCGUCGAAGACAAGCCCAAGUAUCCGCACCGCGGACUGCUCAUGGACACGGCCCGCAGCUUCUUCCCGGUCAAGGACAUUUUGCGCACAAUCGACGCUCUCUCCUGGAGCAAGAUGAACAAGCUGCACAUCCACGCCACCGACUCGCAGUCGUGGCCCCUUGACAUCCCCGCCAUGCCUGAUCUGUCUGCCAAGGGUGCCUACCGCAAGGGUCUCUCCUACACGCCCGAAGACAUCCAGUACAUCCACGAGUAUGCCGUGCACAGGGGCGUUCAGGUCAUCGUCGAGAUUGACAUGCCCGGCCACACGGGCUCCAUCGCCCAUGCGUACCCCGAGCUCAUCGUUGCGUACAACCAACAGCCAUAUCAGUGGUGGUGCGCCGAGCCGCCCUGUGGCGCCUUCAAGCUGAACAGCACUGCAGUCGACAGUUUUCUCGACAAGCUCUUUGAUGAUCUGCUGCCGCGCGUCGCGCCGUACACGGCGUACUUCCACACUGGUGGUGACGAGCUGAACAAGAACGACUCCAUGCUGGACGAGGGUGUGCGCUCCAACUCGUUCCAGGUCCUGCAGCCCCUGCUGCAGAGGUUCGUGGACAAGAACCACGCGCGCGUGCGUAAGCAUGGUCUCGUGCCGAUGGUCUGGGAGGAGAUGGCGACCGAAUGGAACAUCAAGAUGGGCAUGGACGUUGUCGUUCAGACAUGGCUCGGUGAACCAUCGAUCAAGCAGGUGACGGGACUCGGCCACAAGGUCAUCGACAGCAACUACAACUUUUGGUACCUCGACUGCGGACGGGGUCACUGGCUCAACUUUGACAACGGCGCCGCGUUCAAGGCGUUCUAUCCGUUCCAAGACUGGUGCUCGCCUGCCAAAGGCUGGCGAUUGAUCUAUUCGCACGACCCAGCGGAGGGCCUGACGGAGCAGGAGGCCAAGCUUGUGCUUGGCGGCGAAGUGACGGCAUGGAGCGAGUCGAUUGACGCGGUGAGCCUGGAUACGGUUCUGUGGCCGAGGACGAGCGCCGCGGGUGAGGUGCUAUGGUCGGGGCGGACGGAUGCGUCAGGUCAGAACCGGAGCCAGUACGACGCGGCGCCGCGACUGGCAGAGUUCCGCGAAAGAAUGGUCGCGCGAGGCGUUGGCUCGGCGCCGGUGCAUAUGCCGUUCUGCACGCAGGCAUCGCCUGAAGAGUGCGCGUUUGUCAUGUAG